AAAGUUAAAUGCACAAUCGAUCGUCUUCCAACUACCAAGAGAGAAGUAAAUAGUUAUUGUGCACAAUAAUUAAUUUAAAACAAACAAAAUGGCUGAGAAUUCGCAUUAUCUUAAAAGUAGGAUAUCGAGCCUUAAACAAUGGCAGGAAGGUUUAAAGGAACUACGUUAUUCCGGUAUGAAGGGCUUUGAGGAGAAGUUGUUCAACUUCCUAUGUGAUCAAAAUAAACUGGUUUCUAUAGAUAAAUUUAAAAAUUUGUAAGAAGAGACCGGAUUGCGGGAUAACGACUUCCGGUUGAGUGAGACGAUGCAAAAGUUUCGUACCGUACUAGAGAGGCAGUUGCACGAUGAGCAUGAGCUACACGGGAUGAUGGACAAAGAGACUUUCCUUGAUUGCGUUUCUGACAACAUAGUUAUAAUAUCAAAAGCACUGACCAGCCAGUUUGUUAUACCAGAAUUCAGGACAUUCACAGACAUCAUUGACAAAAUUUUCGAGAAAUGUGUGGACAACGAGGAAGGAAAGCCAGCACAGUAUAUCCCACAACUAGCAAGACGAAAUCCAAAACAUUGGGGUGUGUCCAUAUGCACAGUAGAUGGCCAAAGGUAUGACUUAGGGGAGACAAAUAUUCCUUUCUGUCUUGAAUCAGUAGUAAAGCCCCUAAUAUACGCUCUCACACUGAACGACCUGUCCCCAGAUGUUGUUCACAGGUUUGUAGGUCAAGAGCCCAGUGGAAGAUCUUUCAACGAACUCACACUCGACUAUCAAAACAAACCUCACAACCCUAUGAUAAAUGCCGGUGCAAUCGUGAUAUCUUCACUGCUGAAGAAAGGUUUGGUCAUCGCUGACAGAUUCGAUUACGCGAUGGACGAACUGAAGAGACUGUCAGGUCAAGAACACGUCACAUUUAACAAUUCAGUGUAUUUGUCAGAAAGAGCUACCGCAGACAGAAACUUUGCCUUGGGUUAUUACAUGAGGGAAAACAAAUGUUUUCCACCUGAAGCUGAUCUGGUAGAAACUUUAGAGUUUUAUUUCCAACUGUGCUCUAUCGAGGUAACUGCACAAUCUGGGGCUGUGAUAGCGGCUACAUUAGCCAAUGGUGGGAUAUGUCCUACAACGGGGGAUAAGGUGCUCGAUUCAGAGGCUGUGCGAAAUACUCUUUCACUGAUGCACUCGUGCGGCAUGUACGAUUAUUCCGGGCAUUUUGCUUUUAAGGUAGGACUGCCUGCAAAGUCUGGCGUGGCUGGCGGUGUUUUACUUGUAAUUCCAAAUUUGAUGGGAAUUUUUACCUGGUCCCCUCCACUCGAUCAAUGGGGUAACAGCAGCAGAGGGGUACAAUUCUGCGAGGAGCUGGUGGCUAACUUCAAUUUCCACAACUAUGACAAUCUAAGGCAUACUAGCAAGAAGUACGAUCCUCGAGGUCGUGCCGUGGAGUCCAAGGCCCAGGAUGUUGUCAACUUACUCUUCAGUGCUUUCAACGGUGACGUCACUGCUAUGAGAAGAUACGCCUUGCUGGGGAUGGACAUGUCUCUUGCCGACUACGACGGUAGAACAGCUUUACAUCUUGCCGCUGCUGAAGGACACGAGUCAAUCGUUCGAUUUUUGCUCGAGAAAUGUAACGAUGUUAAUCCACAUCAAAAAGACACGUAUUGUGCCACAUACAAAAAUCAUGGAACUUCACAGCUUACGAUGAUGCUAAGCGGUUCAAACAUGAUGAUGUGGCAAAUAUUCUUCUGGAAUAUAUGAAGAAAAAUCCGCCACCAGAAGGAGAACUUCAGAUCGAAGAUAUCAAUGAAAAAAUGAAACAUUUGCAUAAUAUCGAGCGAUCUGAAAAAAGUCUGGGUGACGGUACAGAUCACGUUGUGUAAAGUAUUUGGGGAAAGAAUGAGCCACAUGUAAUACUAACACGCAGAAAACAUGCAAUUUUAAGGUGUGGUAGUGAACACGUGCAAACGGUGACUACUAGGAAUGUGUUUGAAGCUAUAAACAAUUUAAAUGUUGACUUUUAUUUACAUGUAAAAGAAUUUAAGUUAUCCUAAACAGAUAUACACACAGAACAGAAUGUUUUGUGUAUAACCAAAUGUUUUUAUACAUUGUACUGGCACUUUAUUUGCACAGGUUGAAAGCUCGUUUUAGCUCACCUUUCACAUAGUGUAGUGACAAGGUGAGCUUUUGUGAUCGCCCUUCGUCAGUCCGUCUGUCCACAAUUUCUUGUAAACACGAUAGAGACCACAUUUUGCAAUGAAUUUAAUAAAACUUGUACACAACUUGUUUUUGGUAUAAUAUCUCGGUUCCUUUCGAAAACUGUCCAGAUCCCGUCAUGGGUUCCACGGUUAUGACCCCUUAAAGGACCGAAAUUUGUCAUUUUGCCUUUUGAACACGAUAGAGACUACAUUUUGCAAUGGAGUUUGUUCAAACAUGCACACAACUUGUAUUGGCAUAAUAUCUCGGUUCCUUUCGAAAAUUAGUCAGAUCCGAUCAUGGGUUCCAGAGUUAUGGUCCCUAACAGGGCCAAAAUUUGCUAUUUUGGCUUUUGCAGACAUAUAGAGACUUCAUUUAUGUUUUGAUUUGAAACAAACUUGCAAAAUAUCUUUAACAACAAUAGAUCUCGGAUUCCAUGAUGAAUCCGUCAGAUCCAAUCAUAGGUUCCGGCGUUACGGCCCCUGAUUGACCCCUGAAAGAGCCAAAACUCUUACAUUCGAUUUUAACCACACUUACACACAAGUUAAGUCACAAUAAGAUCUCAGUUUCGUUCGAAAACUGGCUAGAUUCUAUUAUGUGUUCUAGAAUAACUGCCACUGAAAGGGAUAAAAUGUUCCUUUUUAGCUCUUUCAGUCAUACAGAGGUUUCAUUUAGGCUUCGAUUUGAUACAAACUUGCACAGAAUGUUUAUCUCGAUAAUGUUAAGGACAAGUUAGAGACUAGGUCAUAUGGGGUCGAAAACUAGGUCAUCAGGUCAAACCAAAGGUAAAGCUUGUUAACAAUGUAGAGGCCACAUUUAUGAUCCUAUCUUCAUGAAACUUAAUCAGAAUGUUUAUCUUAAUGAUUCCUAUGCCAGGGUCAAAACUGGGUCAUAUUGGAUGAAAAACUAGGUCACCCGGUCAAAUCAAAGGAAAAUCUUGUUAACACUCUUGAGGCCACAUUUAUGACCCUGUCAGAAUGUUUAUAUUGAUGAUUUUUAGGUAAAUUAUGACACUUGAUCAUGUGGGGUCAAAAACUAGGUCACCCGCUCAAAUCAAAGAAAAGCUUGUUAAAACUGUAGAGGCCACAUUUAUGAUCCUAUUUUCUGACAAUAAACUUGGUCAGAAUGUUUAUCUUGAUGAUUUCAAGGCCAAGUGUAAAAAGUGAGCGAUAUAGGGUCAUCAUGACCCUCUUGUUCAAUAUUGUCCCUUCUCUCCUUAAAAAAAACACACACAUAUACCAGACAAAUUACAGGCUGAUGCAUUUUACAUGUCAGCCAGUUAUGGGGUGUUGCCGCACUGAAAUUGAUACCGAGCUGUGGAAAAAAUGCGUAUAACUGUUUGUUCAAGGCUCCAUUUCUCAGUGCUCAUUUAUGGAAACGUCAGGUACCACAUGUACAUACAUUACUUUAUUAUAUGCCUAUAUAUAUUUUGUCAAAAGUACAGGUUGUAUUUCACAAGUAAAUAUGAACAGGCAGAAAAAUCCGUAUUGUAACUUUUGUAUUGUAUGUUGCUGGACAACAUUCAUUUAUUAUGCAUGACAAAUUUCUAUAAAUAGCGCAAACGAAAACUUCACUCAUUUCCAUUUCAGCAUCGACAAACAUUUAAGAUUUCAUUCAAUAAUAAAACAACAAACAAAAAGGUGGAGGUAUAUAAUAAAAGGGUCAUUACAACAGUAACUAGAUCUGGGAGUUUGUUUUCGGCUCUUGUGGAUUUUGCAAGGACGGAUCGCCUCGUGAGAUCCGAUCCGGCAAAUUCCACUCGACCUGAAUACAGCAUCCAAGAUCGAGAUACUAUUAUAAUAACCCUAUUAUAUAUAUGUAUACAUUUCAUAUUGAUAAAGUGUAAAGGAUACAAUUUUUACAUGUAUAUAGUUAUACGAUACCCAACGUAUGUAAUUGACUAAUUUCUUGUACAGUGAAACUAUGCGUGCAUAUGAUAUUUGUUUUUCAUGUCCCUAAUUUAUAAGCAAAGAACUAUAUUCUAAUAUUUGUGAAAAUAAAUAACUGAUUAUAUCCA